AUGCUUCAGACGAAACAAAUAUCCAAAGUGCUAUCACAGGGAUUAAAGCCAAUUCCAAAAGAAUUAUCUACAAAUGGUGUUAGUGAGCCGUUAUCGUUAUCAUUAUUAUCACAUUCAGGAUUGCCUUUAACUACAGUAUCCAGUCAUUCAGUGGGAGACGGAAGCUUGACAGUUGACAACUUGAAAAUAUAUUCGUUGCUAGCGAUGAGCCAUUUUAAAGAACCUGGUACCUUAGAAGAGGAAGAGGAGGAGACUGCUAACAAAAAGUUGAAAGAGGAAUCAAAUUGGGCGGGGAUGGCCAUCGAUAAAGACUUGCAUUUGAUUAUACAAAAGGUGGAAUAUGCCGAAAGCAUUACCAAUGGGGGUAGUAAUGAAGGGAACGAACAAAAAGGAAUACCGGAAAACAGCGAAAAUAGCUUGUAUGUAGUUAUAUUCUACAAGAGCGAAUUUCCACACGCCAUAGCAAAGUUGAAGAUCGAUAAUGUGUGUAAUGCACUAGCUGAAGGACUUAAAGGUUAUAAUUGA